AUGUCAUAUUAUUAUUAAUUAUUUGUUAACUUUAUGAAUUUAUCUGCCAGAUCCUAUAUGCCAACAUAAAAAUCUAUUUCUCCUUUGAAUGAUCGAACAACCAAGAAGCGAACUCUUACAAUAUAUGAACUUACCAAGUCUUCAAAAAAAACAAACAAGAUAAUUACAGAAAAAUCCACUCAAAAAAAAUUGACUUCCAAUAGUUCUCAAGAGACUUCAGAAAUAUGUUUAACUAGGAAUGAUUCUGCAUAGGACAACACCAGAUUAUAAUAAUUGAAAAUUUAAGUUUUAACAGAAAAAGUCUAACAGAUUGAAUAACUUAAUUUCUAGAAAACUACUCUCCUGCUUAAAGAACUUCAAUACUAUCGCAAUAAGCCCCUUAAUAGUUCAAAUACUUCGGUAAUGGUUGCUUUGGCCUUAGCACGUAUCUGA